AUAUUUAGUACAACAAUUUGCAAGACAAUAAUAGAAUCUAACAAUUGUUGAAACAUUGUUCUGGUACUUCAGUUAAUUUCGGUUAAUUUCAAAUCCAGUAAAAUAUGUCUUCGAAGUUUGCCUUUAAGAUAUCUAACGCUAUUGGCAAGAAAUCGGAACAACGAUUUAACUCCAAAGAUUCUUUAAAAGAAGUUAAAGCAAAGAAUUCUUUCUGGGCAAAAGAUCUUGAAACUAUUCACAGAAAGUCUGCCUCUACCGCCGAAUUAUCCAUUUUGUCCGCAAUUGAUUCUACCUUACAUGCUCGGGAACAAAAGCGAACAAAGUCUUCCCUCUUACACAUGGCGAUCAGUCAGGGCAAGAAAGAUAUCGUCAGUAAUCUUCUCAGUGAAGAUCUGGACGUUAACGAUCAAGAUGCUGAAGGCAGAACUCCUCUCAUGAAAGCUGUGGAAUAUAAACAGUAUGAUCUUCUUAACUAUUUAAUCGAACAAGGAGCAGAAGUAGAUCACAUCGAUAAGAAUGGAAACACAGCAUUGCACAUUGCUCUCGACACAGGUUCGUACGAUAUGGCACACAUUAUCUUACGUCAAUCGCCUAAUGUUAACGUUGGUAGGAAUGAUGGGUUAACACCGUUGCAUUUGGCUGCAAACCUUAAACAGGACAAAACUAUUAAGAAGAUAUUACGACAAGGUGCAAUUGUCGAUAUCAGAGACGAACAAAUGAGAACCCCACUCAUGUUAGCCUGUAAGAAAGGUCACUUGCCUAGUGUUCUUCCCCUGCUCCAACGUGGAGCUAAUCCAGCUCUCAAGGAUAAACACGGAUGGUCAGCCAAAGAUUUUGCUUCUAUCAUGGGUCACAAUAAAGUAAUAGAAAUGCUCAACUUAUAUGAAUAUCCAGAACAAGUUGGGGAAGAAAUUCAUUUAGAAAAGAACGAAAUUCAAUUGAAAGAGAAGCAGAUGGAAAAUUCAAACGAAGCAGGAGACGUAAAGGCUGCAUUGCCGAAAGAAGUUGAAUUAUCUCCACAUUUAUUGAGCAAACUCGAAAAUAUUGUGAACAGAUAUACUUUACAAAAUUAAUACAGAAUAUUUAAUCAUUUUCAUUUAAUUGUUGGUUAAUAUCGAACUUUCAAAAUUUGAAAUUAAUUUGGUAUAUAA